AUGAAACUAACUGUGGUCUGUUUAGUGGUGAGCUUCUUCCUGCUGCAAUAUGCCGAGCACAGUGAAGCCUGCUUGGAGGUAAUUGAGAAAGCCUUGGGUCUCGAGCCGUGCAAUGAAGGCGGUCAUGAGGGUCAUAGGGAGCCUCGCAGGGGUGGUGCACGACUAGGACCAGGACCUGUGAGAAACACUAGAAGGAUAGUUACUAGGAGACAUGAGAAUCCAAGACCAGAACAGCACCCUACCAGACGCUGGAAGCCUCAUCGAAGAACACGGAAGCCUACAAACCCUCGUUCACCAUGUGAAGAAAACACUACUCGAAGGAACAAUCCACCUUGUACUUGUACAGAAAGCACCACUCAAAAACCUAAUCCACCUAGUACUGAGAAGACUCGUCCACCGUGCGGUUGUACAGAAAGCACCACUCAAAAACCUAAUCCACCUAGUACUGAGAAGACUCGUCCACCUUGCGGUUGUACAGAAAGCACCACUCAAAAACCUAAUCCACCUAGUACUGAGAAGACUCGUCCACCUUGCGGUUGUACAGAAAGCACCACUCAAAAACCUAAUCCACCUAGUACUGAGAAGACUCGUCCACCUUGCGGUUGUACAGAAAGCACCACUCAAAAACCUAAUCCACCUAGUACUGAGAAGACUCGUCCACCUUGCGGUUGUACAGAAAGCACCACUCAAAAACCUAAUCCACCUAGUACUGAGAAGACUCGUCCACCUUGCGGUUGUACAGAAAGCACCACUCAAAAACCUAAUCCACCUAGUACUGAGAAGACUCGUCCACCUUGCGGUUGUACAGAAAGCACCACUCAAAAACCUAAUCCACCUAGUACUGAGAAGACUCGUCCACCUUGCGGUUGUACAGAAAGCACCACUCAAAAACCUAAUCCACCUAGUACUGAGAAGACUCGUCCACCUUGCGGUUGUACAGAAAGCACCACUCAAAAACCUAAUCCACCUAGUACUGAGAAGACUCGUCCACCUUGCGGUUGUACAGAAAGCACCACUCAAAAACCUAAUCCACCUAGUACUGAGAAGACUCGUCCACCUUGCGGUUGUACAGAAAGCACCACUCAAAAACCUAAUCCACCUAGUACUGAGAAGACUCGUCCACCUUGCGGUUGUACAGAAAGCACCACUCAAAAACCUAAUCCACCUAGUACUGAGAAGACUCGUCCACCUUGCGGUUGUACAGAAAGCACCACUCAAAAACCUAAUCCACCUAGUACUGAGAAGACUCGUCCACCUUGCGGUUGUACAGAAAGCACCACUCAAAAACCCAAUCCACCUAGUACUGAGAAGACUCGUCCACCUUGCGGUUGUACAGAAAGCACCACUCAAAGACCUAAUCCACCUAGUACUGAGAAGACUCGUCCACCCUGCGGUUGUACAGAAAGCACCACUCGAAAACCCAAUCCACCUAGUACUCGUCCACCUCCUCCUCCAGUGACCACACCUUCGACCACCACCCGAAAGCCAUGUGGAUGUGGGGAAACUCACCCACCAGGCUGGAAUCCUGGCGGUCCUAUAAUCCCAAUCGUCUCAACCACCAAGAAACCAUGUGGAUGUGGUUCGCCAGAACCUUCGGGCUGGAAUCCCGGCGGUCCGAUUAGGCAAACACCUCCAACUGCUCGAAAGCCCUGCGGAUGUGCAUCGUGGAAUCCACCAGGUUGGAAGCUCGACGGUCCUUGGAUACCCACAUAUCCCGGACCUUUCGGUCCCGGACCUAUCAUUCCGAACAACGGAGAAAACGGAUUUGAUCCAGACUGCCCGCAAGGCUGGAGUGCCGACGGUCCUACAAUACCCGUUCCCGAAAUUCCCGGAAAUUUUGGACCCGGACCUGUCAUUACCUCCAGUGGAGAUGCAUGUGGAUGUGGCUGCUCAGCUUGA